AUGAUUUGUGGGCUGUUGAACAUAAGCAAUGACGGGAAGAAGAUGGAAUUGCUGACGGAUGAAGCGGAAGGAGUGAGAUUCAAGCUCACAGAUGCAGUCGCCGUUGGAGAUAACGGCGUUUUGUAUUUCACAGAUGCUUCUUACAAAUACGAUCUCCAUCAAAACGGCUUUGAUAUCUUGGAAGGCAAACCCCAUGGCCGACUCUUGAGCUUUGACCCCACCACACGAACCACACGUGUCCUACUCAGAGACCUCUACUUCGCUAAUGGCGUCUCUAUGUCUCCCGAUCAAACCCAUCUCGUCUUCUGCGAAACCUCUGUGUACUCUUUUUCUCUCAUCUCUAUGAUCAUCUCACUGUGCAUUGAAUCAUCAUCUCACUGUGCAUUGAAUCAUCAUCUCACGUUGUCUUCUUCUUGGUGUGUUCCCAGAAGAAGAUGCAGCAAGUAUUACAUCAAUGAGGAGCGUGUAGAGCUAUUCAUUCAAGACUUACCCGGUUAUCCAGACAACAUCCGGUACGAUGGAGAUGGACAUUACUGGAUUGCGUUGCCUUCGGGAGUAACAACGUUGUGGAAGCUCUCGAUGAUGUUCCCUUUCUUGAGGAAACUCACAGCCAUGGCGGCUAAGUACGGCUUCGAACCCAUGUUCAUGGAGAAUGCUGGAGUUUUGCAGGUGGAUCUGGAUGGGAAGCCCAUCGCAUGGUACCAUGAUCAUAAAAGCUCUCACAUAACCACAGGAGUCAAGAUUGGGAAAUAUCUCUAUUGUGGGAGUCUCAAGCAUUCCGGCAUUAUGCGACUCGAUCUCCUGAAAUAUCCUGCACUGUAGAAGAUUCUUUGAACUUUUCACAUUCCACUGGUAGUCUCUCACAAUUUUAACCUCCAUUGGUGAGAUACUAAAUGAAUCUCUCACUAACAUAAUAAUAUCAAUAUAAUUUACUUUAAUUUUAUAUUUUAAGUAUAGUUUAUUUAAAGAACUUCUCAUUAAUAUUUUUUUAAACCAUAUUUAAUUAUGUUUUAAAUAUAUCAAUACACUUCACAACAAUAUUAAUGGUGCACAAAAUUAUAAAUAAUAUGAUGAAAUGGUUAAAUUCUCUUAAAUAACAUAACUAAACAUAAAAU